AACCAUUUGAACCAUUUGAGCUGUGACUUGACCUAGACGGCGAAUUUCAUUCUUAAGGUCGUUAGACAUGCACAAGGUGGCAUCUGAAUUUGCAGUCUCAAAUGGAAUUCUUAAGGUGGUCGACGGAAACCCAUCUCUUUUAUCAUGUACACUUUUACCAUCUCCCGUACCAAAAGUAUUACUAUGUCGUGCUCAAUCAAUCCAAUGUGAUUUUAACUUGUUAUAUCACAGGGUUGCAAUGAAUCAUGAAUUUCUGUAUGAUGUGUUGAAGCCCGUUCUUGCUGUUGACCCUUAUCUUCGCUCAUUAUGGGGUAUAUAUUCACGAAUUCGAACUAACGAAAUUACUCAGGAUAUAGUGUUAGGAUUGAACCGAUCCGAUUAUAUGCUUCAUGUACAAGGAGAUUUAUGCGAUACUAAACGGACUUUUCUUGCGAACCGGUUACAAAGUACAGUAGUAGCCGCUCAAUCUGAUAUUGAGACUCAAGAUGAAGCUUGGGAUAGCUUGUUGAUUCGACAAGUUGAAUUCAAUAUGAUUGCAUGUAGCUUUUGUGGUCUUGCUCAGCGUAUUGUUCCACAACAUCGUAUUUCCUUAUCUUUGCAUGGAAUUUCAAGCGAUUUAAAUAAUCGUGUACCUGAUUGCUUUUCUGCUGAUAGAUUUAGCGAAGCUUUAUUAUCUGCUUGUCGUAUGUAUGUCGAAGAUUGCUCUAGAAGAAAUUUAAUCACGUCAAACAUAUCUAUUCUUGUAGUUGUUGGUAAGAAUGAAAAAAUAUUUAUGAUCAACGAGCAUUGUUUGGUUGUCUUCUACUGAAAAAUCCUAAAGUGAAUGUGUUAUAUCAUUCAUUUGAUUAUCUAAAAACUGGUCUAAAAUUGGAUGUGAAUUCCCGUUUAUUUGUGUAAGUUGUAAAAUUAUUACCUACCUGCCUAACUCAUUUAAUCUUUUGGGCUAUCUUUUUUAUUAAGUCAAUUAGUUAUCAAUAACGAGUGUACAGUUUCAGUAAUUAUUGAGGUUAAAUAAGAUCUAACAACACUGUAGUAAAUAUAUUAUUUUAAAUUGCUAAAAUUAAAGAGUUAAAUGACUAAGCGAUUAGCAUUUCGGUGCUUUGAUACAUUAAAUUUUCCUAUCACUUACUAUAAACAACGUAUGUUUUAGUUCACUUGGGUGUUGGUUGUUUGAAUUUGCUGAUGUUUAGGACUGCAACUGAUCAGUCUCUAAUUGUCAUAUUUGCAUCCUGAUCAGUUUUCAUCGAUAUCGCUUUAAGUCACGAGUAUUAUAAGCAGAGGUAGAUGGUGGCUAGCAGUAAAAUCUAGGGCUCCCAAAUGCCCUGGUAUGGCCGAGGAUUGGGUGGACCCUCCCUCCCUCUCGAAAUGCUCUCACGUGGCCACGCGUAUACAGCCUCUGCCAAGGAAGUCCUACUCACUGCCUUCUCUCACCAGGGGUGUUGUUUACGAAAAUGAGAGGACAAAAGCGAAUGCCCGCCGCUUUAACCGGAUUUCAAACCAAUGGCGCAUAUAGGCUCCAGCAUCCUGAGGGAACAAAUGGCGUAUGAACCAAUCGUUGGUCACCGGCUACCAUGGAACUGCAUCUCCUCACGAUGCUUCACUGCCUUAUGGGUCAGACCUUUAGGUCAAAGGCUCGGGGUGUGGCUCCCUAAGAAAACCACCUGCUUCGGUCUGGGCAUCCGGGCAGUAUCACAGCCCAUACACAAACAGAAUGAAGUGACGAUACUUAAGGAAAAUACUAUACUUGCUUCGAUUAACA